CUUGCAAGGUAUCAAACACAUGGCUUCUAACAAGAUGUUCCUCUUAGCCUUACUUGUUGUACUGCUAAGCAAUACAGGUGCAGCUCGCCGUCUUCUCAACACUCCGGUGGCACCGUCGACACCGACUAUUCCAAAUAUACCCGUCAUACCGACUAUUCCGACUAUCCCGACAACCCAAAUUCCUCCAUUGCCAUCUCUACCAAAGCCUACAAUACCAGGAUUAGUAAUUCCUACAAUGCCAGCAGCUACAUUGCCUCCUAUUCCAUCUAUUCCAUUGCCAACCAUGCCUACUAUUCCAAAGGGUCUUCCUCCAUUGCCUCCUAUUCCAUCUAUUCCAUUGCCAACCAUGCCUACCAUUCCACAGAGUCUUCCUCCAUUGCCUUCUAUUCCAACUGCUAUUCCUAAUAUUCCUACUAUUCCUGGUUUUAAGAUGCCACCUUUGCCUUUCUUCUCACCACCCCCCGCUGCUACUAGUCCUUGAACUGUUACUUUAUCUGUUACUUUAUAUGUAUGAGAUUGGCUUUUAUUGAUUUAGUGUUGUUUGAGCUUUACUAUUCAUGUGUACUUAGCUAGACAUGCGUGUUACGUGAUUUCAGUGUGGUUUUAAUUUUGACUGUAAUAGUUAUUUUAUGCCCUUUUUAAUAACACUAUUUUCUAUUUCUUGUGUUGAUU